UCUUAAUUAUGAAAAAAACAAGAGAGUGGAACGAGGGAACUCAGCGUGCUAUAAAUAUUUAUGAAAAAGUUCUUGGUAUAAUUGGAGUUUGGCCCUUAAAUGCGGGAGAAAAAAAAUCCAUCGCACUGUGCGUCUUAGCUAUUUUGAUCCAGAUCAGUACUAUCGGCAGUCUGUCUCUGGAAGCGUACUGGCAGUGCCUCGGUACCGAGGAUAUGAUGGAGGCCUUUUUAAUGGAUCUCUCGUCUGUCGUCAGCCUUUCCAAGCUACUUGUCGUCCGGAUCACUUGGAAGCACACCUACAUCCUGGUAACCUCCCUUGUUGACGACUGGUCGACAUCCAAAGAUGCACCACGACGGGAGGUCAUGACGAGGUACGCCAACGUCGGCAGAACCGUGUCUCUGGCAAUGUUGUAUCUGGGCUACGCGUCGGGCGUGUCGUUUCUCUUCAUGGCCGUGCCGUUCGACAGCCUGAUACCCUGGCUGAACGCAUCCAAGCCGAACGAAAACGACACCGUGAUACCAACAUAUUUCUUGGCGACUUACUGCGUAUUCGGAUCGCUGCCCGGGAUCGCCCACAGCUGCAUCCUACUAUUACAAGUGGCGCAGAUCUUCGUCAACGCCACCUCGCAUUGCGGGAACGACGGCUUCUUCUUCGGUCUCACGAUGCACCUAUGCGGACAGUUCGAGGUACUCCAGAUGGACUUUGCCGAUAUUGAAGUGGAAGAGCGGAUCUGCAAGAAAAAAAUGCGGAUGUUGAUCGGCAGACAUUGCCAUCUGAUAAGAAUGGCCGACAGUCUCGAAUACGCUUUCAAUAUGGCCAUCUUUGCGCAGACAUUGAUGAGUGUACUGUUGCUUUGCGUGGAAGGUAUGCAAUUGUUAAUUUCGUUGAAAUUAAAUGAUAAUAUGGCAGUGAUCAAACACGUUGUCUUGAUUUUGACAAUGAUGGUGCAACUGUACCUCUAUUGCUACGCUGGCGAUCAAUUGGAAUUUAUAAGUAAGAAACUCGCGUAUAGUGCUUACGACAGUCCGUGGUACGAUUUCGACGUGAAAAUAAUGAAAAAUCUGCCGAUGGUAAUGUUACGAGGAGUGAUUCCUCAUCAAAUAACGGCUGGGAAAUUCAUACCUAUGAAUUUCUUUUCCUUCAAAGAGAUCUUGAAAGCUACAGGCUCCUACCUCUCCGUUCUCAGAGUGAUGAUGGAAGGUGCUUUCCAAUGGGGUAGUUAUUCAAGUUGUUCCUAUCCCACAAUGUCGGCCGAACGUUGGAACGACGACAUCGCCUACGUUUUCUCCACUCAUAGAAUAUUCUUAGGAAUAUACGGCUUGUGGCCAUUGCAAACGUCGACGCUAUUCACAAAGAUACGAUGGGGCUUCUCUAUUAUUGCACAGAUUAUGAUAAUACCCUUUGUGCUGUUGGAUCUUACAUCGAGCAAACAGAACGCAGAUACAGGCAUAGAAGAUAUACUAUAUUUCGUGUCCGCGAUACUUGGAAUCAUAAAAAAUAUGUGUAUCGGUCUCAGUAAAAAAAAACUAAAUAUAAACAUUAAUGGUGCUAUCGAUGAUUGGUUGUCUGUUAAGGACGACAAGGAAACUCGAAAGAUUAUGAAAAAAUAUGCUUACAGAGCCAGAGUACUCACUCUUAUGUUACUAUACUCGGCCGGUGGAUGUUUUUCUAUUUACGUAUCAGUAAUCAUAUUUAUAAAUCUGAAGCAGAUAUUCUUCACCGAUUCGAAUUUAUUAGAUGCUAAUACAACAAAUUGGAUACUCCUGAUUCCAUGUGGCCCAUUAAGUAAAUCGAUCACUGGCUCGCAAUAUGUUAUAAUACUCGCUAUUCAAAUUGUUCAAACGUCCAUAAUAUGUACGGUGCAAUGUGUCGUAGAUAGCUUUUUCUUCAAUGUCACCGUACAUCUCGCUGGUCAGCUCGAGGUGCUCAGAAAUAAAUUUCAAACAUUCGCAAACGAGCCAAACACUGAUGCAAAUUAUCGAAAAAAGUUCAUCGGCUUGGUUAACAGGCACAGCCAGCUAAUGGAAUAUUAUCAAAAUUUGGAAGACUCCUUCAACCUUUUUAUACUAAUCCAACUCGUGAUGGUGACGAUUAUGCUUGCAUUGUUAGGAUUACGUGUAAAUUUGUGCCUAAAGGAAAACAAUCACAUUGAAGUGGCGAAGAGUAGUCUAGUCUUAAACUAUUUAUUAAUGGAAUCAUUGGUACUUACUUAUGGUGGUGAUUUCCUGCAAAGGGAAAGUGAAGGUAUAUUUUAUGCGUUAUACGCAACUUCCUGGUUCACGCUUCCUUCAGCGCUGAUGAAGGACCUGAACUUCGCAAUGAUGAGGUCAAGCAUUCCGUUUCGUUUUACUGGUGGAAAAUUUUUCUACGUUAAUCGCGAAACAAUGAUGUAUAUUCUCAAGACAGCAGCUUCGUAUAUUUCCGUUCUACGAAUAGCACUAACAAAAUAA